AUGGCUCCACUGCAAGAAGGCAUUUAUGCGCGGGCACGUGUAAUUAAAAUCAAUCAGGUGAGGCCGCGGCCGAUGCAUACAUGUGAGAACGGUAGUCUGAAGUGGGCUGAAGAGGAUUUGGUAGCUUUACGAGAUGUUCUCAAGGAUUUUGAAUUUGUUAAUAUGUACGGUCUAAAAUCGGAAGAGGAAGAUCUGGGUGUUCCAAUUGAUCAAGCAUUUGUCUUCAAUCGCUUUGGUACCGUGCAUUAUGAUCGGGAACUGUUUGAUGGCGGCCAACAAAAAAUCUACGACAUCGUUGAACGUAGGGAAGCAGUUAUGGCUCAGAAUAAUCUGGAAAGGUGGCAAAUGACGUUCCCGGGUAACGAUGAAAUGAAAUAUCACUUAGUUGAUCGAGAAAUUUGGUGGGAAACUGAGCCGCGCCAGAUUCCAGUUGUUGACUUUGAGUGGCUAAAAGAGCAUCAAUUUUGUCAAGAUGGAAAACUUCUCGUCGAUGUGGAAGGAAGAAUUGCUGCAUUGGAAAAAGGCGAGCGUGUUUACUGUAUAGUUGAUGUAGAAUUUGAGCUGGCCACUAUUCUUGGUCGCUGGCACAGAGCCGAAAUUUUAGGCUUAAAGGUAUGGUAA